AUGCAAGGAGGUGCUGGCAUUCCGCGUGACGAGCAUGGUGAAUUGCAUCCACUCUUGGGACCCAUCCACGAACAAGAUCGAGGAAGGAAAUGCUUGGUGUUGGAUUUAGAUGAAACAUUGGUUCACAGUAGUUUCAAGAUGAUCUCAAAUGCCGACUUUACCGUUCCAGUAGAAAUUGAAGGAUCCGUUCACAACGUAUAUGUUAUCAAGAGACCCGGUGUGGAUGAAUUCAUGCGACGGAUGGGCGAAAUAUACGAGGUUGUGGUCUUUACUGCAUCUCUAUCGAAGUAUGCAGAUCCAGUAUUGGACAUUCUCGACAUUCAUCAAGUCGUACGUCAUAGACUAUUCCGGGAAAGCUGUUAUAACCAUAGAGGAAAUUACGUAAAGGAUUUAAGUCAACUUGGACGGGAUAUCGAAACAUCGAUCAUUAUUGACAAUUCACCUGCAAGUUAUAUCUUCCAUCCAAAUAAUGCCGUUCCAAUUUCAAGUUGGUUCAACGAUCCACAUGAUACCGAAUUAACCGAUUUGUGCCCUUUCUUGGCCGAAUUGGCAGAGGUGGAAGAUGUUCGCGCGGUCUUAGACGGUGGGUUGUAG